AUGGUCACCGGAAUCAUCCUAGCUACAAUGUUCAUUAAACUAGACAAUUCCCCAAAAGGCGUUCAUAGGCGUUUAGGAUUCUUCGCAUUCGCUAUGUCUACUACUUUCUACACCUGUGCAGAAGGAAGUCCGGUCUUUCUACAGGCGUGCUACAUAUUCAUGAGAGAAACUGCUUACAACGCUUACCAGAGAUCAUCGUACGUCCUCUCUCAGUCCAGAAUCUUGAUCCCUUCUCUCAUCUUCCUUGCCGGAAGCUUCGUAGCCACCACGUUCUGGGCCGUUAGUCUCGGCGGCGGUGCCAGCGGCUUCCUCUUCUUCUUCUUCACCAUCCUGGCCUCAUUUUGGGUCGGAAGCUCCUUCGUGACAUUCCUAUCCGGCGUCGUAUUGAACGUAAUGCUCCGAUUCACCGUCGUCAUAGCGAUCCUCGCCUAUUUCCUCCUCUUCUCCGGAUUCUUCAUCUCCAAGGACCGAAUCCCUCUCUACUGGAUCUGGCUCCACUACCUCUCCCUCAUGAAAUACCCAUCCGACGAAAUGUUUCGUCCGAGGGAUUCAGAUUUUAGACUAUUCGCCGCUCGGGCAGGUGCCGUGAAACUGAAUCUCCUGAAGAGUAUGAGCGGCGUUUUGGGGAUCAAUAUGACGGCGGAGACAUGCGUGACUACGGGGAUUGGCAUUCUGAAGCAGCAAAGGAUUACAUAUAUCAGCAAAUGGAAUUGUUUGUUGAUCAUUGUAGCCUGGGGAUUCUUCUUUAGGGUUUUGUUUUACAUCACACUGUUGAUCGGAAGCAAGAACAAACGGAGGUGA